GCGUGUUAGCAUAUAUAAAAUAAAAGUGUCGGAUUAUAAAUAAUUCUUUAGCAGUUCUUGAGUUGUGCGGAUGUGUUUUUCAUAUACUCUUACAACAGUGUGCAAGUGAUUAUAAAUAAAAAAAAAGUUGUUAAGUUGUGUCGCAAAGAAAAUCAAUUGCAGUAGGCGUGUAGAAAAAAUCGAAAUAUUGAAAAAAUAUUAACAUAAAAAAUCAUUAUUCGAUUUUGUAAUUUUAAGAAAAUUUUCAACAAACGCAAUAAAAUCAAUUAGUGUUUAAAGCAGCUGUAGCAAUCGUUGAGAAAAAAGAAAGCAGAUAAAAUGAGUGAAAAAGUGAGCCAGCCGCUGUCCAAUGAAACGAGCAACGCCCAGGUGGCGACCGGCCUCUGUAACAACAACCGCCAAAGUCAAGAUCAGCAACAACAAACUACUGACCAACAUACAGUUGAGAAAAAAGAAGUACGCGUCUGGUGCGAUGGAUGCUAUGAUAUGGUGCAUUUCGGCCAUGCCAAUUCCCUGCGACAAGCCAAAGCACUUGGCGAUAAAGUCAUCGUCGGCAUACACACCGAUGAGGAGAUCACAAAACACAAAGGACCACCCGUAUUUACGGAGGAGGAACGCGUCAAAAUGGUCAAGGGCAUCAAGUGGGUGGAUGAGGUAGUGCUGGGUGCGCCCUAUGUGACAACACUCGAAGUGCUCGACGAAUACAAUUGUGAUUUCUGCGUGCAUGGUGAUGACAUCACAAUGACCGCUGAAGGUGUGGACACAUAUCACCUUGUGAAGUCUGCCAACCGCUACAAGGAAGUACGUCGCACUGCCGGUGUUUCAACGACAGAUUUGGUCGGUCGUAUGUUGCUAUUGACACGCAAUCACUUCCAUCAAGGCUCGGCCGAAUAUGCCAUAGAGAAAGAAGACUUAACUAAAAAAGUACAAAAAAUGAAAUUAUCAUCAGGUUCAUCAAAUAUGGGACAAGACUCAUCGGCGAAGAGUCCAUGGACCGGUUGCAGUCAAUUUUUGCCAACAACACAGAAGAUCAUACAAUUCAGCGAUGGCAAACCACCAAAGACGAAUGAUAAAAUUGUCUAUGUAGCCGGCGCUUUCGAUCUCUUUCACGUGGGCCAUUUAGAUUUCUUGGAGAAGGCGCGUGAGUUAGGUGAUUACUUGAUUGUUGGCCUGCAUACAGAUCCCGUGGUGAAUUCAUACAAGGGUAGCAACUAUCCCAUCAUGAAUUUGCAUGAACGCGUGCUCAGUGUGCUAGCGUGUAAGUACGUCAAUGAGGUGGUCAUCGGCGCACCCUAUUGUGUCACCGAAGAUCUGCUGGAUCAUUUCAAAAUCGACGUUGUGUGCCAUGGCCAAACACCGAUUGCAUUCGAAGAUGGCAAAAUCGAUCCUUACGCUUUACCAAAGACACGUGGCAUCUUCACACUGAUCGAUUCCACAAACUCCAUGACAACCGAACUCAUUGUGGAACGUAUUAUUUCGCAUCGGCUCGAAUAUGAGCGUCGCAACAAAGCCAAAGAGAAGAAGGAGUGUGAGGCAUUCGAGGCGUUGCAACGUGCCAAGCAAACACAGAAAGCUGGUUAGGAUUAGGCCAACGCACCGACGGCUCAGUGUGCACACCAGUGCAAUGCGCUUUAAAGCAUUAACGUUGCGCUGCUAUAAGUCUAGAUUUUAGUUAAGGCAAUAAUAAGUUAUGUGAAAGCAUACUGGAACCGUUCGGUGGAAAGAAGCUGAAACGCCUACAACAACAACAACAACUACUUUUUUUUUGUUGAAAACAUAUACUUUUUAAGUUUUACAACGUAGUGUAGUGUAUUUUUUAGCGUUAUGUUUACAUAUAACUCGCAUUAUCUUAUAUAUUAUCUAGCACCAUUUUGUGUGUGUUUCCGUGUGUAUGUAUGCGCAUGUGCGUUGCUAGUACAAAUCGUAGUAGUACUGUUAUAUGCAGUUGCAGUUGAUCGCGUGCAGUUUUUAUUUUUAGUAAAAUUUUCAUUUUGAAAACUUAUACCGUUGAUGAUGGCUUACAAUACAUGUAAUCAUUGCAAUAUUUAUACCUCAGCUCAGUUUCGAAAAUAUUUUUUUAUUAUAUUUUUAGUGUAGCCACCCAAAUUGUAUGAAUGAACGUGUAUAGCAUAUUUCUUAGUUAGCUUCUGUUGUCAAUAUGUACAUAAAUAUACAAAAACCCACACACACACACAUUAUUUAUAAUUUGAAGAAAAAAAAAACAAAAAAGAAAAUGGAAAGUUUGUAAAUUUUUGUUGUAAUUGCUGGUUAAUAUACACGAAAAAGCUUCGUGUUGAUCGCGUUUACGCUAAGUUAGUGAAAAUACUAGUAAUACAUACGUACAUAUAUGGCUUGCAAACAAGUCUCAUGCCAAAUAGUAGUAUAAUAACUGAAUACUUGCGCAGACAGACAUAUAUUUU